AUGCAGGACCGCACCCCCAGCGCCUCCCCGGACCUGGGCAAGCACUCACCUCUGGCUCUGCUAGCCGCCACCUGUAGCCGUAUCGGCCAGUCGGGCACCGCGGCGCCCCCGGACUUUCUGCAGGUGCCCUACGACACCGCGCUGGGCUCGCCCUCUAGGCUCUUUCACCCCUGGACCGCCGACAUGCCCGCACACUCGCCCGGUGCGCUGCCGCCCCCUCAUCCCAGCCUGGGGCUGACGCCGCAGAAAACGCACCUGCAGCCGUCCUUCGGGGCGGCACACGAGCUGCCGCUCACCCCUCCUGCCGACCCCUCAUACCCCUACGAGUUCUCACCGGUCAAGAUGCUGCCCUCGAGCAUGGCGGCGCUGCCCGCCAGCUGCGCGCCUGCAUAUGUUCCCUACGCGGCCCAGGCCGCGCUACCGCCCGGCUACUCCAACUUAUUGCCCCCGCCGCCACCUCCGCCGCCGCCCACAUGUCGCCAGCUGUCCCCCAACCCGGCCCCCGACGACCUCCCAUGGUGGAGUAUCCCGCAGGCGGGCACAGGUCCGGGGACCUCCGGCGUUCCAGGGGGCAGCUUGUCCGGCGCCUGUGCUGGGGGUCCCCACGCGCCCCGCUUCCCUGCCUCAGCGGCCGCUGCUGCUGCUGCCGCCGCAGCCCUGCAGCGGGGCCUGGUGUUGGGCCCGUCGGACUUUGCGCAGUACCAGAGCCAGAUAGCCGCGCUGCUGCAAACCAAGGCCCCCCUGGCGGCCACGGCCAGGAGGUGCCGCCGCUGCCGCUGCCCCAACUGCCAGGCGGCGGGCGGCGCCCCCGAGGCAGAGCCGGGCAAGAAGAAGCAGCACGUGUGCCAUGUGCCCGGCUGUGGCAAAGUGUACGGCAAGACGUCGCACCUGAAGGCGCACCUGCGCUGGCACACGGGCGAGCGGCCCUUCGUGUGCAACUGGCUCUUUUGCGGUAAGAGCUUCACGCGCUCGGACGAGCUGCAGCGGCACCUGCGGACUCACACAGGCGAGAAGCGCUUCUCCUGCCCUGAGUGCGGCAAGCGCUUCAUGCGCAGCGACCACCUCGCCAAGCACGUGAAGACACACCAGAAUAAGAAACUCAAAGUUGCCGAGGCCGGAGUCAAGCGGGAGGACACGCGGGACCUGUGA